UAAGAGACGCUUUGUGUCCAUGUUCCCGAGGCUGCUGGGAGGAUAAUCCAACGCAUAUGGACCGAUAAACAGAGAAACAUAGCUCGAUUAGCUUCAAGAGAGUUUUACCUGACAGAGACCGGAAGUCAUCCCAUAUAAUGGUCAAGUUAAGGGCGAGAUGUCUGCUGGUCGGAGAUGCUGCAGUGGGCAAAAGUGCUCUUUCUCAUAUGUUCUACAGCGAUGGCACUCUCUUCCAGAAGAAUUACAGCAUGACAACAGGCGUGGAGCUGCUGAUGAAGUGUAUCAACAUCCCAGCGACCAAUGACAGCGUGGAGCUCUACAUCAUAGACUCUGCAGGGAAGGAGACAUUAGUGGAUUCCUGUGAGAAGAUGUGGGGGGAACCUUCGCUGCUGUGCCUGGUUUUCGACCUGACCAGUGAGCAGUCUUUUGCUAACUGCAGCCGCUGGCUGGAACGAGUCCGUGCUCAUUGCCAGGGUCUCCAUGUUCCAGGUGUCCUGGUGGGCAACAAGUCAGAUCUGUCUGCUAGAAGAGAGGUACAGGCAUCUGUGGCCAAGGAAUGGGCCCAGAGUCAGGGUCUGGAGUACCACGAGACCUCAGCUAAAGAGAUGGAGAACUGUGAUGCUCCUCUCCUCUGUUUAGCUCGGGCCUUCCAUUCUCUGUACCGAGAGCACCGUGAGACCAUCCAAAACCUUAAUCCAGGCUAGACCACCACCACCGCCCUACCCCACUUACCACACACCUUGAUUUUUCACCAUUUCUCCUGAGAGAAUUUCAUCGACUGAGGGCCUUUGAAACUCUUACAAAUUCAGAUAAUACACAGCAAAACACUUCAACCACACAAGCAAAGGAAUAGCUUGUUCAGACAGAUAUUUUACUAUGACCACAAAUAAAGUUGUUUCUCUCUGAUAA